CGCAACGCAAAGGCGGCUGCGACGUGAGACAACUUCCCCGCCUUCCUUCGUUUGACUCUCCCACACAUCCAACGCACCAUCUGGAAGGGACACACCAACACAAACACACCCUUUAGCAUCCUCCAGCCCCCGCCAUGUCGUCCGCUGUCACCGAGACGGAGGAGUCGGCGCGCAGCUCCCCGCUGACGCCGCUGAAGCUGGUCGGGCUUGUGUGCGUGUUCCUGGCGCUCUGCUUGGACGUGGGAGCCGUGAUGAGCCCGGCGUGGGUGACCGCCGACGACCAGUACUACCUGUCCCUGUGGGAGUCCUGCUGGAAGCCCGCGAGCACCGAGGACUGGCAGUGCAACAGCACGCUGGGCUCAGACUGGCAGGUUGCUACGCUAGCCCUGUUGCUAGGGGGUGGAGCCCUGGUGCUGAUGUCAUUCCUGGUCGCCCUGGUUGCUGUGUGCAUUGGCACGAGACGGCGCUUCUACGCACCGGUCGCCUUCAUGCUCUUCGCAGCAGUUGUUCUCCAGGCCUGCAGCUUGGUCCUCUACCCCAUCAAAUUCAUUGAGAGCGUCAGCCUGAGGAUCUACCAUGAGUUCAACUGGGGCUACGGCCUGGCCUGGGGAGGGACCAUCUUCUCUUUCGGCGGGGGGAUCCUCUACUGCCUCAACCCCAAGAACUACGAGGAGUAUUACUAA